CUUGGAAAGUUCCUCUAUAAUAUUAUAAUGUCCGAAGUUAAAAUUAAGAAAAAACAUUCGUCAUCAUCAACGUCAUCAUCAACAUCUUCAUCAACCAACACACCGGCCUUCUACACAGUUCAUAGAGUUAGAAAUAACAAUCCAUCUGAAGAGAUCGUGCCCCACCCCUUCCUUGUUAGACUUUAUGAGGAUGCCCACCUAUCACAGUUGACUUUUGAGUCAUGGGAACUGCCAUUGGUUCUUCCUCCAGUUCCUUGGACCAAUCACAAUCACGGAGGUCAUUUGCUUAAUUCAAUUGACUUGAUACGUAAUCCAUCAUCUGCUCAUGGUCAGUUGGAUUGGAUCAAGAGACUUCCUCCCUCUUCUGUAUACCCUAUUUAUGAUGGCCUCAACGUGGUCAGUGCCUGUCCAUGGAAGAUUAAUAAAGAGAUAUUAGAUUUGGUCAUCACGGUUUUCAAUAACGGUGGCAACAUGAAGCUUGAUGUACCUGAGCGACACAACAAAAAUCAACGCGUCAUUAAAAUUAAGGAUGGUAUGUCUGCAGAGGAGAAGUUGAAUGCGGUACGUCACAACAAAUUGUUGGCCAAGGAGAGCAAGGAGAUGUACAGUUUGUGGUGCACGGAACUUUACAGACUCUCCAUUGCUAACAAGUUUCGUGAUGAAACAAUCUGGUUCCCUCACAAUGUAGACUUCAGAGGUCGCACCUACCCCUCACCUCCACAUUUCAACCAUCUUGGAAAUGAUCUCGCUCGAAGUCUGCUCACAUUUGGCAUUGGUCAGCCAUUGGGUGCAAAUGGACUGGACUGGCUUAAAAUUCAUCUUGUUAAUCUCACUGGAUUUCUCAAAAGGAAGUCAAAUUCCGAUAGACUGGCAUACGCAAACAGUGUGAUGCACCUUGUGGAGGAAUCUGCCGAUAUGCCUUUUGAAGGGAGUAAGUGGUGGCAGACAGCAGACAAACCCUGGCAGACCCUGGCAUGUUGUAAAGAAAUUAUGAAGGCCAUCAGGUCGGCCAACCAUGAGGAAUACAUCAGCUGUCUGCCCGUCCAUCAAGACGGAUCAUGCAAUGGUUUGCAGCACUAUGCAGCACUAGGAAGAGAUGAGGCCGGUGCCAGGUCUGUCAGUCUGGUCCCCUCAUCUGCACCGCAAGAUGUCUACUCGGAUAUCGUUGAGUUGAUUGAACAGAACCGCAGAGCUGAUGCUUCAAAGGGUGUUGAGAUUGCUUCUUCCUUGGAUGGAUUCGUUCGAAGACAGAUUGUGAAGCAGUCAAUAAUGACAACGGUGUACGGUGUGACCAAAUACGGAGCACGCAAGCAGAUAGGAGGACAGCUGAAAGAUAUUGAGGAGUUUCCAUCUGAAUUGAAGUUUGCUGCCAGGGGCUACCUCACUGACCAGACCUUCCAAAGUCUCAAAAAAUUAUUCCACUCAUCAGAGGAGAUUCAGGAAUGGUUUGGAAUAUGUUCUGAUUUAAUCACAUCUAUUAGAAUGGACAAAGUUUCGUGGAUCACUCCUAUUGGCUGGCCUGUCAUUCAGCCUUACAGCAAGCCGAUCAGAAUCAAGCAGGCGACAUCAACUAACGCCAUUGCACCAUAUAUCAAUUACGAAAAACCGAACUCCAUGAAGCAGAAGAAUGCGUUUGCGCCUAAUUUCAUUCACUCACUUGAUUCAACUCACAUGUUCCUCACGGCCAUCCACUGUUUCAAAGCUGGUGUUCUCUACGCCUCAGUACAUGACUGCUUCUGGACGCACGCAUGCCAGGUCGCCGAGAUGAACAAGAUAUGUAGAGAGCAGUUCGUUGCUCUGCACAGUGAUCCCAUCCUUGAAAACCUGUCGGAACACUUCAUCAACCGAUUUGGAUACUCUGAUGACGAGUUACAAAAAGAUUCUUUGUUAGAAGCGAAGUUGAAAGUUAACGAACUUUUUAGGAGAAUUCCAAAGAAAGGAUCUUUUGACAUAAAACAAAUUUUGGAUUCAACAUAUUUCUUCAGCUAAUGGUGUGAAUCAGCUUAAUUCCUUUUACAUACAUUUCUUGUAAUAAUUUAAACAUAUGAAUAUAUUAAUAAAUAAAUGAAAACUGCAAUAUUUUUACGACUUAUAUUAUAUCAACUUUUAGUUGUUUUAAUGUAGGAACGCUCUUCACGAGUUUUUGUCAUUUCUAUUAGGACGUUGUGAAUUUUAGAUCACUGCUAAACAAAGGGUAAGACUUGACCCUUUUAAAACUGUGCUGUCGUUUAAACGUUCUUUAAUAUACCACCAAUUUUGUUGCGAUGUUAA